UUCUGUUCACUCAGACUCAAUGGGGCUCUAGCAUUAGGGGUUUCAAGCUGUAAAACUACAUAUUUAUUACCCGUUCCCUUCUUUCUAUUUACGUUUUGUACAUAAAAAAGAUAACUUAUUGAAGAAGAAAGUUGGUGUGCGUUUCAAGACGUCUCUUUAGACGCACCAAGUUUGUUAGAGGCCAAGUCGAAGUUGAUGUCGAAAGAACGAAAAGGCUAAUUUGAAACUGUCCUGCCUUGUAGUCCAACCAAAUCGGUCAGAAAACUUGGGAACUAUGGAUAUUCGGAAGAAGCGGAGGCCGUGGUGCAUUGAGACCUCGUUCUUGCUCCUCCUGUGCCUUACUCUGGCACAAGCAGAUCCGAUAGAUGUUUUGCGGGUGCUGCAGUUGCCUUCCCUCCCUGAAGGUGUGCAGAAGGUCCCGGGUUUCUGCACCUCUCGCCGGUCCGGCACUCCUGAUCAUGCCUACCGCAUCACUAAGAAAGCCCAGAUCUCUGCCCCCACCAAACAACUAUUCUCAAGACGUUUCCCGGAGAACUUCUCCAUCAUGACUCUGGUAAAGGCCAAGGCUGGUCUUCAGGCCUUCCUGCUGUCCAUCUAUAAUGAGCAGGGUGUCCAGCAGCUCGGUCUAGAGUUGGGACGCUCGCCCAUCUUCCUGUAUGAGGACCAGAAUCGCAAACCCGCCCCAGAGGACUACCCACUGUUUAAAGCGGUCAACCUGGCUGACGGCAAGUGGCACCGCAUUGCCAUUUCUGUGCAGAAGAAGAACAUCACUCUGAUCCUUGACUGCAAGAAUCGUAUUACAAAAACUCUGGCACGUAGCAACAACCCAGUCUUGGACACCAAGGGCAUCACUGUCUUUGGAGCCCGUCUUCUGGAUGAGGAGGUCUUCCAGGGUGAGAUCCAGCAGCUGCUGAUCGCAUCCAAUCCUCAGGCCGCUUAUGACUUCUGCGAGCACUAUAGCCCCGACUGUGACUCCCCUCUGCCCAAAGUCCAGUCCCAGGACCCAAACAGCUUUGACGUAGAUCCUGCUUACUCAGAGGCUGACCACACCCCCACAGAGACCGAUUAUUAUUACACAGUAGAAGAAGAGGCGAGCCCACAGCCAGAGAGUGAUCUGACUGGAUAUGAAGAAACCAUUAACCAGGUUGACGAGACUGUUGGCGCUGAGGAAGUAGAUGCGACCAAGACAGGUGGUGAAGGGGUGUCUCAAACGCCAGACGAGCCCUUCACUGAGGAGUACAUUACAAGCGACUUUGGAACAAAGGAGUAUGACUAUUCCUACAGGGACUACAAUGAGCCCAUCAUCGAAAGCAAGACGGAAGACACCUUUGGCCCUGCCCUGUCCGCUGUGACAGAUGAGGGAGGUGCCUCCGUGCGAGCCCAGAAGGGAGAGAAGGGAGAGCCUGCUGUCCUUGAACCUGGCAUGUUGAUUGAAGGACCACCUGGACCAGAAGGACCAGCAGGUCUCCCUGGCUCCGCUGGCCCCCAGGGACCCCCUGGUUCUGUUGGGGAUCCUGGUGAGAGGGGUCCUUCCGGUAAAGCUGGUCUACCUGGAGCGGACGGGGUCCCAGGACCUCCUGGAACUUCUGUCAUGCUUCCUUUCCGUUUCGGACAGAGUGCUGGCGAAAAAGGGCCCAUUGCCUCGGCACAGGAGGCCCAAGCUCAAGCCAUCCUGUCUCAGGCUCGGCUGGCUAUGAAAGGCCCACCAGGGCCAAUGGGUCUCACCGGCCGUCCAGGACCUACGGGAACACCUGGAAGUCCUGGCUUAAGGGGAGAAAGUGGGGACCAUGGUCCUCAGGGCCCCAGAGGUCCUCAUGGAUUGUCUGGUCCUCCUGGUAAAUCUGGUCGGAGGGGUCGGGCUGGUGCUGAUGGAGCCAGAGGGAUGCCAGGAGAGCCUGGAAUUAAGGGCGACCGUGGCUUUGAUGGCCUUCCUGGUUUGCCUGGUGACAAGGGUUAUCGUGGUCAAACUGGAGGAAUGGGACCCACAGGACCCCCUGGAGAGGACGGAGAAAGGGGAGACGAUGGAGACAUUGGACCUAGAGGUCUUCCCGGCGAACCGGGGCCCCGUGGGUUGCUGGGGCCUAAAGGGCCUUCUGGUCUUCCUGGACCUCCUGGUGUUCGUGGAAAUGAUGGUCCACAUGGUCCAAAAGGAAGCUUGGGGCCUCAAGGAGAGCCUGGUCCUCCAGGACAGCAGGGGGCUCCAGGAACACAGGGAAUGGCAGGUCCACAGGGUGCUAUUGGACCACCAGGAGAGAAAGGGCCCACAGGAAAGCCUGGUCUACCAGGAAUGCCCGGAGGUGACGGUCCUCCAGGUCAUCCCGGAAAGGAAGGCCCCACUGGAACCAAAGGAAAUCAGGGUCCUAAUGGUCCUCAGGGGUCUAUUGGCUAUCCUGGCCCUCGGGGAAUUAAGGGAGCUCAAGGUAUCCGUGGACUGAAGGGCCAUAAGGGAGAGAAGGGAGAGGACGGAUUCCCUGGAAUCAAAGGAGACUUUGGUGUGAAGGGAGAGAGGGGAGAGGUGGGAGUGCCUGGCCCAAGAGGAGAGGAUGGUCCUGAGGGGCCGAAGGGUCGUGUCGGCCCUCCUGGUGAAAUUGGUCCUAUCGGCCUGGUGGGAGAGAAGGGUAAACUUGGUGUGCCUGGACUUCCUGGAUAUCCCGGAAGGCAAGGAAUUAAGGGCUCCCUGGGUUUCCCAGGAUUCCCUGGUGCAAAUGGCGAGAAAGGCGCGAGGGGUUUGAUUGGAAAAACUGGACCAAGAGGACAGAGAGGGCCGACAGGUCCCAGAGGGCAGAGAGGACCCCGUGGGGCAACUGGAAAAUCAGGUGCUAAGGGCGGAUCUGGCAGUGAUGGGCCUUCUGGACCACCUGGGGAGAGAGGACUAACUGGACUUCAAGGUCCAAAUGGAUUCCCUGGGCCGAAGGGACCUCCUGGACCUCCAGGGAAAGAUGGACUGCCUGGACACCCUGGACAGAGAGGCGAAGUUGGUUUCCAAGGCAAAACUGGACCACCUGGGCCACCGGGAGUUGUUGGACCACAGGGUCCCUCUGGUGAGACUGGACCGAUGGGUGAGCGUGGUCACUCAGGACCCCCAGGACCACCCGGUGAGCAAGGUCUUUCUGGGCCGUCUGGUAAAGAGGGAACCAAAGGAGAUCCCGGUCCCUCCGGUGGCCCCGGUAAAGACGGACCCCCUGGACUGAGAGGAUUCCCAGGAGAGAGAGGACUGCCAGGAACUCCAGGCACUGGAGGACUGAAAGGAAAUGAAGGCCCUGCUGGACCACCCGGGCCUGCUGGAUCACCUGGGGAGAGAGGAGCAGCUGGCACCGCAGGUACUGUCGGCCCACCUGGACGACCUGGACCUCAGGGGCCCCCUGGAGCUGCGGGAGAGAAGGGAGUGCCAGGAGAGAAAGGUCCAAUUGGUCCAGCUGGUCGCGACGGCAUCCAAGGCCCAGUUGGUCUCCCUGGCCCUGCUGGACCUCCAGGUACUGCUGGAGAGGAUGGAGACAAGGGUGAGGUUGGAGAGCCAGGACAAAAGGGAGCUAAAGGAUCCAAGGGAGAACAUGGUCCUCCUGGUCCACUUGGGCCAAUGGGUCCUGUUGGACAGCCUGGUGCAGCUGGUGCUGAUGGUGAGACAGGUGCUAGAGGUCAACAGGGACCAUUUGGCGCUAAGGGAGAUGAUGGGACAAGAGGGUUCCCAGGUCCUCCAGGCCCCAUCGGACUGCAGGGUUUGCCAGGCCCAGCUGGAGAAAAAGGAGAGACGGGAGAUGUUGGUCCAAUGGGUCCUCCUGGUCCCCCAGGUCCACGUGGUCCAGCUGGUCCUAAUGGUGCUGAUGGUCCUCAAGGUCCUCCAGGAGGUUUGGGUAAUCCAGGUCCCAUAGGAGAGAAGGGUGAGCCUGGUGAAUCCGGACCACCUGGUCUUGGUGGAGAGCCAGGAAAAAUGGGCCCGAGAGGAGAACGUGGUGAGAAGGGAGAGGCUGGGCAGCCGGGCACCUCUGGUCCUGCUGGUGGAAAAGGACCCCAUGGAGAUGACGGACCCAAAGGAAACCCUGGUCCUGUUGGUUUCCCUGGUGAUCCCGGUCCCCCAGGUGAAGUUGGACCACGAGGCCAAGAUGGAGCAAAGGGUGAAAGAGGAGAGGAUGGAGAACAAGGAGAAGCUGGUUCACCUGGACCAACCGGUGAGAACGGACCACCUGGACCUCCAGGAAAGAGAGGUCCUCCAGGCACAAGGGGACCGGAGGGUCGUCAGGGAGAGAAGGGAAGCAAGGGGGAUUCAGGUGCCCUUGGCCCUCCAGGAAAGACAGGCCCUGUGGGGCCACAGGGUCAACCAGGAAAACCAGGAACUGAGGGUCUAAGAGGGUUGCCUGGAACAGUGGGUGAGCAAGGUGCUCCAGGUGCUGCUGGCCAGAAGGGACCUCCUGGUCCAAUGGGUCCUCCAGGUUUGGCAGGGCUUCGUGGUGACCCCGGUGCUAAGGGUGAGAAGGGACAUCCAGGUAUGCUUGGUCUGAUUGGGCCCCCAGGAGAACAAGGAGAGAAGGGAGACCGAGGCAUGCCUGGACCACAGGGAUCUUCAGGACCCAAGGGAGAAACGGGUAUGUCUGGAGGAACUGGUCCUCUUGGUCCUGCAGGUCCUGCUGGUAUGCCUGGUCCGAGGGGUAUCAAAGGAGCUAAAGGUGCCACUGGCGGAGGUGGUCCUAAAGGAGAAAAGGGUGUACAAGGACCACCAGGACCACCUGGACCCCCUGGAGAUGUCAUCCAGCCGCUGCCCUUUCAGAUCCCUAAGAAGUCCAAGCGCUCCGUCGACGGCAGUAAGAUGCUCUCUGAGACUGACACUGAGGCUGCCGACGGCACGGGCGCAGAGUUCCUGACCGGUAAUGAAGGAAUGGAGGAGAUCUUCGGCUCGCUCAAUUCCCUGCGCCAGGAGAUCGAGAGCAUGCGCUUCCCGCUGGGAACACAGGAAAGCCCGGCCCGCACCUGCCAGGACCUCCACCUCAGCCAACCAGAUCUGAAAGACGGCGAGUACUGGAUUGAUCCAAAUCAAGGCUGCGCUCGGGACUCGUUCAAGGUUUACUGUAACUUCACUGCCGGAGGAGAGACGUGCUUGUAUCCCAGCAAAGCUGUGGAAAAUGUGAAGAUGAACACUUGGCCAAAGGAGAAGCCUGGGUCCUGGUUUAGUCAGUUUGCAAAGGGCAGCAAGUUUUCAUAUGUUGACUGGAGUGGAGAGCCCGUGGGUGUUGUCCAGCUGGGAUUCCUGCGGUUGCUCAGCAUUCAGGCUCGUCAAAACCUGACCUACCACUGCCAGCGAUCAGUGGCCUGGGCGGACCUCACUGCCAACAGCGGCUACCAGAGGGCGCUACACUUCCAGGGUGCCAACGAUGAAGAGCUCAGCUACGAGACCAGCCCCUACAUCAAAGCCCUCGUCGACGGCUGCUCUGUAAGUUACCUCAUCCUGAUUAAAAACUAA